GGCAGAACGGCACUUCACAUUGCCGCAGUCAAAGGCAGUGAUGUUGCCGUACGAAUACUCCUUAAUGCCCGGGCCAACACCGAAGCUAGAGACGAUCUAGACAGAACCGCACUGCAUGAAGCAGCAUAUCAAGGACAUCAUAACGUUGUGGAUCUACUUCUGCAGGCAGGAGCAGGGAUUCAUCAUAGGGAUCACAGAGAGGACACCGCGCUCCAUCUCUCUGCUGCCAGCGGUCAUAGUCUUGUUACAAGGUCUCUUCUGCAGAAGGGAGCUAAACCAGAUGCACAGUCACGGAGAGGAGAAACGGCACUAUACCGAGCGAUCCAGAAUGGACACGAAGAUGUUUCCAAUCUACUG